AUGCUUCCCCUCGGAGCCCUUGUCAAACGCUUCCUGGCGGCCGACAGCGGAUCCCGGCCCCUUCCUGCCUCUCCCUGUGCUCCCCUCUUGCAGCCUCGCCUUCUUCUUCCCCACUUGGUCCCCUUUGGCUCUGGCUUCUCCCAGCCCGGCCUGGGAAGCCAGCAACCCACCCAGAAGGAAAGCAGAGGAGGGCGGGGGGAGAGAGAAGGAAUGGGGUGCCCUCCCUCUUGUCCUGUCUUGAAGCAGAGGCUUCCUUGGCUCUGAACUGCACUGAAGAAGAAGACAUCUGUGGUGUUGGUUGCUUCCUGAAAGCUGAAGGAUCUCUUGGUUGACACUCAGCAAAGGAGGAUGAUCCCAUAUGCUAUCUUCUUGUUGUGGAUGCAACUGGACCAGGGUCUGUUGCUCACUCCUGGUGACCCCAAUGUUUGCAGCUACUGGGAAAGUUUCACAGCACCCUCAAAGGAGUCCUACGUGCAGCCCAUUGCCCAGGUUUCCACAGAGCCUUGUGAGUGGACGUGGCCCUUCGCGGAGAAGACCUGCACCCGACACAAAGUCCUCUACAAGACUGCUUACCGUCAAAGUGUGAAGAUAGACUACAGGAGACGCUAUCGCUGCUGCCAGGGAUACUAUGAGAGCAACGACCUCUGUGUCCCUCGAUGUGCCCAGGAGUGUGUCCACGGGAGGUGUGUAGCGCCAGAUCAAUGCCAGUGCGAGCAGGGAUGGAGAGGCACAGACUGCUCCAGUGAAUGCAGCAACCUCUUAUGGGGCCCCCACUGUGAGAAUUCCUGUACGUGUCUGAAUGGGGGCAGCUGUGACCCUCUGACCGGGACCUGCUCCUGUCCACCAGGUUACAAGGGUUCCUUUUGCCAAGAACCCUGUGCCCAGGGCACCUAUGGCCCCAGCUGCCUUCUUGUUUGUCGCUGCGAGAACGGAUCCAACUGCGAUGGGGCCACAGGAGCCUGCCUCUGCUCUCAGGGAUACACUGGACCUCACUGUGAGCUGCCCUGCUUCAAUAGCACCAACGGACUCCAGUGCCCAGCCCACUGCCCCUGUCAGAACGGAGGAAUCUGCCACCCCGAAGACAGUCACAACUGCGCCUGCCCUCCUGGGUGGAUGGGUCCCAUCUGCUCCAUCCCCUGCCCUGAAGGGUACUUUGGAUCCAGCUGCCAGGGCGAGUGCCAGUGCCACAACAGCGGCCAGUGUGACCGUGGCUCCGGGCAGUGCCAGUGUGCCCCUGGCUACAUGGGAGACCAGUGCCGGGAGCAGUGCCCCAUUGGCAGGUAUGGGCAGGACUGCCAGCACACCUGUGACUGUGUCAACGGUGGGCGCUGCUUCCACAUCAAUGGGGCCUGCCUGUGUGAAGCAGGUUUCUUUGGCAGCCGCUGCCAGGACCGCACGUGCUCAGAUGGCUUCUAUGGCUUGGGAUGCCACUUGCCUUGCCUCUGCCACCCUGGGCACACACAUAGUUGCCACCCACUCUCGGGUGAAUGCACCUGCAAGCCAGGCUGGGCCGGACUCCACUGCAACGAGACCUGCCCCCCUGGCUACUAUGGCCUGGGUUGCCAGGAGCCCUGCUUGUGCCUCAAUGGGGGAGUGUGCGACAGCGAGACGGGGCUCUGCCAAUGCCCGGCAGGCUUCACGGACAAGCAUUGUUCCAGUCGCUGCCUGUCUGACUCGUACGGCCUGAACUGCUCCCAACACUGCACUUGCCAGAAUGCCUUGGCCUGCUCUCCUGUGGAUGGGACCUGUGUCUGCAAGGAAGGUUGGCAAGGAGCGGACUGUUCCCUCCCCUGCCCUGCGGGAACCUGGGGCAUCAGCUGCAACGAGACCUGCCAGUGUGCCAACGGAGCCACAUGCAACCCUGUCAGUGGCAGGUGCACAUGUGCCCCAGGCUGGCAUGGCAGCAAGUGCCAGGAUCCGUGCCCAAAUGGGUUCUUUGGCCUGGACUGCAGCAACAAGUGCACCUGCCAGAAUGCAGGAGGCUGUGACCCCCUCACCGGACAGUGCCAGUGCCUCCCUGGAUGGACAGGGCUCCAUUGCAGCAAGCCUUGCGGAGAGGGCCUGUGGGGACCACAUUGCAACCAGCUGUGUUCCUGCAAGAACGGGGCCUCUUGCUCCCCCAAAGAUGGGAGCUGCGACUGCACCCCUGGCUUCCGAGGGCCAACCUGCCAGCGCCCCUGCCAACCUGGGCGUUAUGGCAAGAAGUGUUCGGUGCUCUGUAAGUGUGUCAACCAUUCCAUCUGCCACCCUGUGGAUGGGUCCUGCGAUUGUCCUCCCGGGUGGGUGGGCAGCGAUUGCUCAAGGCGCUGCCCUUCGGGGUUCUUUGGGGCAAACUGCAGCCAGCAGUGCCAGUGUGAGAACGAGGCCCCCUGCCACCCAGAAGUGGGGAGAUGCAAGUGCCCUUCAGGCUAUACUGGGGCCUUCUGUGAGACCAGGAUCCCGGUACCCCCUCUCACCAUGGUGCCAGCCACACCAGUGAGCUCCCCCUCCCUGGGAGCCAUUGCCGGCAUCAUCAUCCUAGCGGUCCUCCUGGUAGCCUUGCUGGCCCUGUUCCUCUGUUACCGGCACUGGCAGAAGAAGAGCAAGGAGAACCGGCACAUCUCUGUGGCUUACACCGCAGGGAGGACAGACAGUUCAGAAUAUGCAGUUCCAGAUGUACCUCCCAGUUACACCCACCACUACUACUCGAACCCCAGCUACCACACGUUGUCACCCUGCUCUCCAGGCCCUCCCAUCCCUAGCCUCCCAGAGCAGUCUGGGGGCAAGUUGGUCAGCAACCAGCUUUUCCCCCCUGUGAAGAGCUUGGAGCGGGAAUGGCCCGGGAUGUACGGGGCAGAAGGGAACGCCACCCUCCCGGCGGAUUGGAAGCACCUCCGAGGGUCUCUGCCACCCACCCUUGGCCCCGGCCCUUGGCAGGGAGGAGGCCAGAUGGACCGCAGCUACAGCUACACCAAUGGACUGGGGAAACCUCCCAGCAAAGGAUUUCCUGCUGAGGAGGCCCUAUGUCGAAGCGACAGCUCCUUGGGUAGUGAAAACCCCUACGCCACCAUCAAGGACCUGCCCGUUCUGCCCGGCCGGCCCUUGGAGGGCAGCUAUAUGGAGAUGAAGUCCCCUGCCAAGCGGGAGCGGUCCUAUGCGGAGAUCAGCAUCUCCGAAUUGGAGGAGGACGAGGAGGAAGGAGGUCGCUACGUCUCCGGAGCCGAAGGAGCCGCCUCGCCAAGCCCUCAGACUCUUCCGCCCAACCACUACGACUCCCCAAAGAACAGCCAUAUUCCUAGCCACUACGACGUGCCCCCCACCCGGCAUUACCCACCCUCACCAACAGUUCUCCGGAGGCAAGACAGAUGAGGGCCACUUCACCCUCAUCCAGGGCCACUUCACCCUCAUCCAGGGCCACUUCACCCUCACCCCCUCAUUUUGCUUUUGCCUUUGGGAACUGCAUCCUCCAAACUUUGCCUGGGCAUGAGGAAGGUGGGCACAAUCCCACAAGCAGCCUUUGGGUCCGGGCAGGUACUUUGGAUCAUUGGCAUUCUGAUUGGCAGCUCUUCUCAUAGCCAACAUCACUCCCUUCAUGACCUUCAUGGUGACGAUAUACAAGGUGUCUGGAUGGCAACUCUCGCCCUGACUGAGAAAACUCAUCCAAAGCACGAAGAUGCCUCCGGAUGCGUGGAGUCAUUCCGGAGUCAGGAAAGAGCCUGCAACUCGCUUUUAUGUUCUUCACGCGCUUUGGAGCCGAGAGCUUCCGGGACCCUUUGGGCUCCUUUUUGCCAUCUGUCAGCAUUGAGUCGAUCAGCGAUCUGGCUCAGAAGCCUUUGCCAUUUGCCUCCCCGAGUGGCGCUUUUGCGGCCAACCCAGGCUGUCAAGAUGGGUCUUGUCCAUUGUGCCAUGGAGCAAAACGUAAUGGAAAAAUGUCCUGGGAGGGCCGGUUUUCCCUCCUUUCCCCCCCCCCCCACUUCAUUUUUUCUCGGAACUGUGAGGCAAUGCAUGCCAAUGCUGGAAACAUGUUCUGUAUGAAACACCCUUUUGCCAAGAGCUGUCGUGUAUGCGCUCAUUUGGAGCAUGGUAUAAAAUGUGUGCAAAAUGUGGAAAGUCA